GUGUGUCAUAAACUGCGUCCCAGAGAAUAAAUGAGACUGCUCGCAACUUUGUUUUACCUUCUCUUCAAGGUGAAUAUAUGCUAAUCUGCAGCAACCAUGUCUUCAUUUUCGUCUCGGAAAGAGUUUAUCAGCGAGCAAUUAACUCAGCCUGAAGAAACAUUUACAGACAUUAAAGACAUUCUCGUCAAGUCAGAAGAAGAGGUCGAAGGCAGCGAAACACAAAUAACUGUUCACCAUUCAGAUGACCUACCGCAUUGUUUUAAGGAAGAGGAGGAACUAUCUGACCCGGUGAGAAACUCCAGCUGUGAUCAGGAAGAAUGGGACUGUCCAGCAAUAAAGGAGGAACAGGAUGAUCUUCAACAGCUGCAGAUAAAAGAGGAAGACUAUGAACUCUGUAUAACUCACGAUGAAGAACAGCUUGUGUUGAAGCAGGAGGCAGAGACCUCUGUAGCGCUUUCUACUAAUGAAGAAAAGUACAGCAAAGAACCCAAACUAAUCAGGGACAAACUUCUUUCUCAGGAUGGCUGUGCUACUGUGAACCAAGAUCAGGUUCAAAGUAUUGAUGAAGACACAGAAUUAAGUAGCGAUGAAGAUCCGCAGCAAAAUCAGAAAUGCCAGAAAGCUAGAGGGUAUGUUAAUAAUUCAGACAGUUUAAAACUAAAAGGGCAGAAGGAAACUCGUAAGGAUAAACAUCUGUAUGCAUGCACAAUGUGCGAUAAAGUGUUCUCGAAAAAGACUAACAUGAUCUAUCACACAAGAACUCACACAGGCGAGAAGCCGUUCUCAUGUAAGUUUUGCGGAAAAUGUUUUAGUCGAGAAAGUAUCAUGAAUAAUCACCUGAGAAUUCACACAGGCGAAAAACCCUUCUCAUGUAUGACCUGUGGAAAAAGCUUCACUCUCAAACACCAGCUGACGGAUCACGUGAGAAUUCACACAGGUGAGAAACCGUUUCCAUGCAGUGCUUGUGAGAAGUCUUUUAAACUAAAAAGCGGUUUGAAUCAACACAUGAGAAUUCACAAAUGUGAGAAGCCUUUCUCGUGUGCGACGUGUGGUAAAGGUUUCAACCAGAGAAGCCAAUUAACACUUCACAUGAAAAAUCACAUGGGUGACCGGCCUUUUUCAUGCAUGACCUGUGGAAAAACUUUCGCCAGCAAUUCCCGUUUAAUUGUCCACAUGAGAACUCACUCAGGUGAGAAACCUUUCUCGUGUGCAACCUGUGGGAAAAGUUACAGUCAAAAAGGACAUUUGACAGUUCACAUGAGAAUCCAUACAGGUGAGAGACCUUUUCUGUGCAGUACAUGUGGAAAAGCCUUCAGUCAAAGAUAUCGUUUCCAGCAACACGUGAGAAUUCACACCGGCUAGAAACCUUUAAUGUGAACCAUUGGAGGUCUGGAUUUAAAUCUGCUCAUAGUGCCUCACAAACUAACCAGUAAUGUUUAUUCUGGUUACUGUUAAAGAAAAAUGAUUAUUUUUAGUUUUUAAUACAGUUAAUCUUAUGGCAUGUGUAAAAGGUAUGUUGAACACUCUCAUUUUGAACAUAUUUCUUAAUUUUGAACAAGUUUGGGUUAAUGAUUUAAAACUAAACUAUUGAUGGGUAAGUAUUCAAAGUGCAGGAAGGAAAAUGUAGAUCAAAGGGGAUCUCGCAAUGAGGCUCCUGUUGUUUAUCAGGGAGGACAGGAGGCCAUAAAAUGAGUAUCUCCUGGGGGGCAGCAUCAUUUGAGCCUCGAGGAGAGAAGUCUGCUUGGUUCACAGAAGAUCAAAAGUCUUCCAGAACUAACAUCUGGGAUGGUGUAAAACUGAAUACAACAUAGAAUGUUAAAACACUAACAUUUAGUUUUUAAGACAUUUUUCUAAGUACUAAUAGCAUGUUUUUUAAAUGAAAAUUGUAUUAUCUAAUUUUAGAAUUAACUAGUUUAGUAGAUGAUGAAUGUAUUUGAAAAUUGUACUAUCUGUGACAAUAUCAGAAUCAAAUGGAAAUUGUUUGAAUGAAAAUGUUUUAUUAGAAAAUUGCUCAGGAUCUAUGCUAAAUGGGGUUUUGGAAAAUGUGUUAGCUUGUAUACUUAGGAUUGAAUAUUAUGUUUCAUAGGCUGGAAAAAGGAAUUGUACCUCAUGUUCUGUUGAUUCUAUGUGUUAUUUUUGGUUUAAGGCAGGAUUCAAUCUUUUGGGGUGAGAUGGUGCAGAAGAGCAAAAUUGGGGUUGUGAAGAUAACCUUUCCUUGAACCAAAUUACUGAAUUUAAGUUUGUUCCUGAGAAUUUAUGUAAGAAGAGAUAGCAGGAGAGGCUCUGGAUUCCACAGCUAUCUGUGAAAUCUUAUCUUAUGUUUUCCUCAGCCAGAUGACCUUAGAAUCCUGGAGGCCAGGACAAGCUCUCCACUCUUUUUGUUAAACAAAGAAGCAAAUGGCCUUUGAUUUUUGCUGUAAAUUAGGGGAAGUUCUAAGUUUUUCUGAGUGUCCAAGGUAGCUUCCAAUUGGUCAAGCGGAGGGACGCCUUAACUAAAUAUACAAAAAGGAAAGACACACCUACAUUAUAAAAGUUCGUGCACACGAGUUAUAAUUCAAAUAGCUGCCACUAUUUUUCCUUUUUUGCACCAGCUCUCUCCAAAGACGAAUCUUUGCCUUUCUUUUCUAUUUUCUUUACCUCAGGUAAUUGAAUGUAUGUUUCUGUUGUUCUGCAGUUUUGUUGUUAAUUCAGAAGCUGUUUCUUGUUGGAUUAAAUUCUGUGAUUCUGUGACGUCCACACGCAUUGUUGGUUUCC